AUGGGGAUCCAAGGUUUGCUUCCAUUUUUGAAGAAGAUUCAUAAACCAGUCAACAUUUCUGAGUUUCAAGGAUGCACUGUGGCAAUUGAUGCAUAUUGUUGGCUUCAUAAAGGAGCGUUCUCAUGUGCUGAAAAAUUGGCUCUUGGUGAAAAGACAGACCAGUGAGUCUUUUUUAAUCUGAUUAGUAUUAUAUUAUGGAACUGCAAAAUUAUUGUAGUUUCCUAUUUUAGAGACUAAUUAAAUUAUUUACCAGCUUAUUUUUUUCUUUUAGACCUUAUUUAUUGACUAUCUGUAACUUUCAGUAAAUUCUUGAAAUGUACACUGUGUCUUGGUAGCAAGUUCUGCUCCUUCAGACCAGAAGUUUUUUAAAAAUAUUAUCCUUUAUUAUUGUUUGGGUUCAGAUAUACAGACCUAUUACGAUGGUUGAAUGCUCUCUUAUUUUCCUUAUUAUCUCUGCCUUGACCCAACUAAAUCAAAAUGAAAUAUUGUUAAAUAAUAUUUUAUGCACCUUUUUUUUUUUAAUCCCCAACCUACAGAUAUGUCUACUACUGUAUGAAGUACAUUGACUACAUGCUGAAAAACAAUAUCAAACCCAUUCUUGUUUUUGAUGGUUGCCAUCUUAAGUCUAAAGCUGAUGUGGAAAAGACAAGAAGAGAGUGAGUGUAUAUUUGGAAUUUUUAUUCAAAGGGAUAAAUUUGAUUGAAUUUUAUUCUUACUUCCAACCCACCAUUAGUCCAGUUGAUGUUGAAUGUUAAUUCCUCUAUUUAUUAUUUAAUUGUAUCUAAGCUCUGAAAUAUUUCUGAAGUAUCCCGGCAAGCACUUUAAUGUUGCAAAUAUUUUAUAGUGUGGAAAAGAAAGGUUUUCUGAAUUAAUUUCUUUCCUUUUAUAAUGAUUCCUCUAUAUUAUGUGAAUUCAAGUUUCAGGUAUCUUAAUUCUUAUUUUUUGCUUUGAUUUAUUUUAGGAGAAGAGAACUAAAUCGUAGGAAAGCAGCCCAAUUUUUACGAGAAGGAAAGAGGGGAGAAGCAAAAGAAUGUUUGCAAAGAUGUGUUGACAUCACCCCACAAAUGGCUCUAGAACUCAUGAAUGUAGGUAGUUAAGGAAUGUGUUGAUAUCAGCCCACAAAUGGCUCUAGAAUAAAUCAUCAUUGUAGGUACGGGUAGUUAAGGAAUGAUGUGUUGACAUCAUUCCACAAGUGGCUCCAGAACUCAUCAAUGUAGGUAGUUAUGGAAUGAUGUAGUUCUUUUUUUUUAAUAUUAAAUUGCCUUAUCCUUAUAAGUGAAAUAGUUCUGUCCCUUUAUUAAUCUGUACCCCAGCCCCAGUUUUAUAAAUAACUUUUGUUAUGACAAUGUCAGGUUUAUUUCUUUAAAAAAAUCAUAAGCUCAAGUCUAGAAUAAAGUUACAAAUAAUGAUAGUAUCACACUAUGGGAUCAACAUAGCUGCAGGAUUAGCGAGAAAGAUGUUGAAGUCCAGUGUCAUUCUUCACGUUUGAUUUGGAUUUUUCAAGUUGCUCACAUGGCACUGACCUUAGUUAUAUGAGAUUUGAAAACUUAGGCAUGACAUCUGAUGAAACAGUGAGUUACACUUGUGUUCCUACCACUGUGCCACUAAGCCCUCAAUAAAAAUUUCACCUUACUAUUAAAAACAUUGACUAAUAAUUUAUAAAGGAAAAAAAUCAAUUUAAAACUAUUAUAAAUACUGACCACAUCAAAUAAUAGUUAACUAAUUAUAAGAAUGUUGGACUGCUAUAAACCUUUAAAUAGAUCAAUUAGACACGAACCAUUUAAUUUAUACUUAUUUAAAUGUUUUGUUUUGUACUGAUGAAAGCAUUUGCCGAAACGUUUACAUGUUUAUUAUGUUAAAUUAUUAUUAAAGCUGAACAUAUAUUGUGCUAUUGACACAAAUUGUUCUUGUCCAAUUAAUCAAAUAAUAGUUCUGUCUUUAUGAUAACUUAUGAGACUUAGUUAUUUUUUUUUUACUACCGGGUAUCACGAAUAAAUAUUUAAAAUGUUCAAGGCAUGUCGCGAUAAAGGUGUUGACUGCAUUGUUGCUCCCUAUGAAGCAGAUGCUCAACUUGCAUACUUAAACUUGAAAGGAAUCGCACAAAUCAUUGUUACGGAGGAUUCAGAUCUCUUGCUGUUUGGAUGUGAAAAGGUCAGUCCUCAGAUAAUGACAAGGUAGUUUUCAUGGUUGAAAACUUAGAUAAAAAGUGCUGAGUCAUUAUUAUUUACAGAUAUGAUCUUGAUUAAUCAUAGUAUAUUUAAUUUAUUCUAUUAUCUUAAAUGGAAUACGUUAACUUUUAUGUAUUAAUAUUUUUUGUGUGUUAUGUUACAGAUUUUUCAAAUCAACAUUUUUUUAUGGAAUUAUUUUCAUACUAAUAUUUCAGAUAAUUUUUAAAAUGGAUUUUUAUGGUAAUGGAACCUUGAUAGAAAAAUCUCAUCUGAACGAGGUGCUAGCAAUGCAAGGUGGAAUUUAUACUUUUGAAAAGUUUCGCCACAUGUGUAUCUUGUCCGGUUGUGAUUAUCUUUCAUCUCUUCCUGGCAUUGGCUUAGUCAAAGCUUCUAAAGUGUUUAAGACAGCUCGACAACCUGAUCUGUCCCUGGUAUUGUCUUUUUUCAUUACAAAUUUUAAUAUAACACAGGAAAUUGUGUCUAUUUUUUAAAAUUUUGUAUCAAGUAUGUAAACAAAAAAAUCAAUUUUGUUUGUUUUAUUCUGUAAUUUCAAUGAUUAACAGCAAUUUAGCAAUGGACAUUUUUGUAUGUCUCAGUCGUAAAACCCAAGAUUUUAGCAAUAUCUCCUGAAUGCUCUCUUCCAUUAAAUGAAGAUUCCUGGUACCGGUAUAGCGCAAACCGAAUUAAAAUGGACUGAUGAAUUCCUGGAAUUAUCUUUUAGAGGCAUCAUUUCAUAAAAUAAUUCACUUUGUUUGUAUUAUAUUUUUUUUAAAUUGGAGUAACAUAUGAAAGCUACUAAAAAUAGGCUUAUUUGUACUUCUAGUAUUAGUCUGCACACUCAAAAUAUAAACAAAUAAAUGUCUUUUUUGUGUGGCAGGCCAAUUUUCAAACGUUUAUUUAACAAGUUUAACUCUAAAUACAACAAUAUGCUCCAUAUAAACUAAAUACAACAUUAUGCUCUAUAUAAACUAAAUACAGCUCUAUGCUCUAUACAAAUUAAAUUCAGAGGGAAGUAUUUAUUUAAUUUGCAAUUUUAUAUUUAAAACAAAUUAUGUUAUUUAACAUGUACAAUGAAAUAUAUAUUUAAAACAAUAAUUUCAUAUUCAUUUUCCAACAGCUACUGAAAAAGUUGCCUACCUACUUGAAGAUGAACUUGGUGGUAAACGAGGAAUACAUUGAGGGCUUCAUUCGGGCUGAAAAUACAUUUCUUUAUCAGCUUGUGUUUGAUCCUCUGUCACGAAAACUUUGCCCACUGAACCCUUACCCUCCUGAAAUCAACCCCGAUGACCUGGAUUAUGCGGGACAGUAUCCUUGACCCGUGCCUGGGCAGUUAUGUUUAUAUAUAAAGUUAUUUCUGCUGUUGAUGCGAUCUCUUAAAAUGGGUGAAUGUCUUCAUUGUUAUUAUGGUACAAGUUUAAUUUCAUGGUGAUCUGCAAUUGUUCUUAUGUUACAAGUUUGAUUACUUGUUGAUCCAGGGUUCUGGAAAUUUUGCCUUAACUGACAUUUCUAAAGAUAUUUGCCAGAUGAAAAAGCUUACCAGAUAGCCUUGGGCAAUAUUGAUAUACAUAAUCAUAAGUGUAUUGCAUACUUCGACCCAGAUAGAUUUCAGGUAUCAAACUUUUCAUCAGUUCAU